GACCUGAGCACUGGCACAAGGACUUCCCCAUCGCCAAAGGGGAGCGCCAGUCUCCGGUUGACAUCGACACGCGGUCAGCCAAGCAUGACCCUGCCCUGAAGCCUCUGUGCCUGUGCUAUGACAAACCGGCUUCCCGGAGAAUCCUUAACAAUGGUCACUCUUUCAACGUGGAGUUUGAUGACUCCCAGGACAAAACAGUGCUGAAAGAAGGACCUCUUGAAGGCACUUACAGAUUGAUUCAGUUUCACUUCCACUGGGGUUCGUCUGAUGGACAGGGUUCUGAGCACACUGUGGAUAAAAGGAAGUAUGCAGCAGAGCUUCACUUGGUUCACUGGAACACCAAAUACGGGGAUUUUGGAAAAGCCGUGCAACACCCUGAUGGAUUGGCUGUUUUAGGUGUUUUUUUGAAGAUUGGCAAUGCUAACCCAGGCAUUCAGAAAAUCCUUGAUGUGCUGGAUUCCAUUAAAACAAAGGGCAAGAGUGUUGACUUCACUAACUUUGAUCCCCGGAGCCUCCUUCCUGGAGGACUGGAAUAUUGGACCUACCCAGGCUCACUGACCACUCCUCCCCUUCUGGAAUGUGUGACCUGGAUUGUGCUCAAGGAACCCAUCAGCAUCAGCAGUGCGCAGAUGUCGAAAUUCCGUGAACUGAUGUUCAACGGUGAGGGAGAACCUGAAGAACUGAUGGUGGACAACUGGCGCCCAGCUCAGCCACUGAAGAACAGACAAAUCAAAGCUUCUUUUAAAUAAGAUGGUCCCAGAGCCUGUGUCCAACUGAUACAACUUUAGGUGUUUCUCUUUAGCCAAACGCAAAUAUACCUUGGUGAUUUGGACCCUAGCCAUUUGUGUCCGGUUUCUAGACCCUUCAUCUCUCACCUGUCGUACUUACUAAUAAAAUGUGAAGAACUAGACCAAUGACAGAA